AUGUUAGCCGGAAACAUGCCGUUAUUUGGGAAAUCACAAAAAAACCCAGUAGAGGUAGUGAAACAAAUAAAAGAAGCUGUUGUUGCAUUAGAAAAAGGAGAUAAAAAGUUAGAAAAAGCACAGGAAGAUGUUAGCAAGAACCUUUUAGUCAUAAAAAAUUUAUUAUAUGGAACAGCAGAUACUGAACCUCUGUCUGAUAUUGUUGUUGCACAGUUAGCACAAGAAAUGUACAACAACAACUUAUUGCUAAUGUUGGUACAAAAUUUGACAAAAAUAGACUUUGAAGGGAAAAAGGAUGUUGCUCAAGUUUUUAACAAUGUCCUUCGUCGGCAAUUGGGUAGCCGAUCACCUACUGUUGAACAUAUUUGUGCAAAAUCUGAAAUUCUGUUUACUUUAAUUGCUGGGUAUGAACAUCAAGAAAUAGCUCUUAACUGUGGAACAAUGUUACGUGAAUGUGCAAGAUAUGAAGCUUUAGCAAAAAUAAUGUUGUACUCAAAAGAAUUUUUUAAUUUUUUCCGUUAUGUUGAAGUUUCGACUUUUGAUAUUGCUUCAGAUGCAUUUUCUACUUUUAAGGAAUUACUGACUAGACACAAACCACUUUGUGCUGAAUUCCUUGAAAUCAACUAUGAUAAAGUAUUUACACAUUAUCAACAACUGCUGAAUUCUGAAAAUUAUGUAACUCGUCGUCAGAGUCUCAAGUUACUUGGUGAACUAUUGUUAGACCGUCAUAAUUUUACGGUAAUGACUCGUUACAUAUCAAAUCCGGAUAAUUUAAAAUUGAUGAUGAAUAUGUUAAAAGAAAAAUCUAGAAAUAUUCAAUUCGAAGCUUUUCAUGUUUUUAAGGUAUUUGUUGCUAAUCCUAAUAAACCAAAGCCUAUUCUCGACAUUUUGCUUCGUAACCAAGACAAGCUGGUUGAAUUCUUGACAAGAUUUCAUACCGAACGAUCUGAAGAUGAACAGUUCAAUGAUGAAAAGGCGUAUCUGAUCAAACAAAUAAAAGAGCUCAAACCCACUACUAGUGAUCAAUGAUUUAGGGUGUAUGCGACUCGAAAUUAUGACUAUUCGAGUUGUUGAUAAUUACUUUACUUGUCAUCAUUUUAUUUUAAGUUAGAUUAUAUUUAGGGGUAAUAACACGUUUAUAAAAUUUGGUUUUCGAAGGGGCAUUUCAAAUUUUUACGCAUAAUAAAUAAACAUAAUUUAUUUAUUUAUUGUUUUAUAAAUGCCUCAGUGUUAAAGAAAUGUAAUUAUACUCGUUUGCAUAACAAGAAUUAUAACAUUUGAAAAUUAAAUUUAGAUGCAAUCCUAUUGUAUUCAUUUGUUAUAUUUUGUAAUAUCU